CGGAGCAGCGAGUGGCAGUGUUGUUGUGGCGCUUCGUGGAGGAGGAACAUCUGUGAUUAUGACAGACAACCAUGAAGAGGAAUGGAAACAUCGCGGGCUGAGAUUUCCGAGUGCACCCACACGGAUUUGGACUGGACGCAACAACCUUUCGGCUGCGUGAUUUCCAGCCAUUUCUCGGGUCCUUCCCCUGGAUUUGAAGUUACGGACUGUUUUGUUCCCGGAGUAAAUGAAGAGAAGGGGGGCCUGAAAUUAUACAGACGUUGGGGGGAAGUUGGGCUAGCUGGGGGGAAAAAACGUUACUGCUCGUUGAAAUAGCGCUACUUUAUAUAUUUUAGCUUUACUCUAAAGUCUAAUUUAAACUCAUUUAGGGUUAUAUCCUGAAGCUGUCUUUUAUGUAAAUUUUAUUUUGAUUGAAAGCAGCUGUGGGAGAGCUAGGCUAGCCCGCUAGCUCCCAUGCAGAGCUAGCUUCUCGUUGCUACGAAAGCGUCUCCUGAAUGAAAAAGAGAAACGACGCAUUUCUAGUUUGAGAGCGUUUUAAAACAAAGUCACAACAAAGCAAUGAGAAGUUUAAUAUAAUUACUGACAUGUUUUUGCUGCUUUUUUAGAGUUUCCAACCGGAUUCAGAUGGAGUUAAUAGUUUCUUCAAUCGAUAUUUAAAGGCAGGCUCAGCUUCAGUUUGAUUACAUAAUGUCUUAUUUACAUGGGAUUUUUUUCUCCCAAUGUGCACUAUCUUUAAUCAAGCUUCACAGUAUCUAACAUAUUUAUGACACCCACUUUAUUUAAAAAUUUAAGCUGGAAAUAGUGAAAAACAAAGCCUCUGCAACUGGACCCACAUCCAGGUAGUUCAUGGCAAAACAGACUUUGUUUUGGAUCAAGCCAGAGGGAAAUAACAUAUUUUGAGCCUCCUGAGGUCAGAGGUGAAGAUGGGCAGCCAGGGCAGCCCGGUGAAGAGCUACGACUACCUGCUGAAGUUCCUCCUGGUGGGAGACAGCGACGUGGGCAAAGGGGAGAUCCUGGACAGCCUGCAGGACGGAUCUGCAGAGUCUCCGUAUGCUUACAGCAGCGGGAUCGACUAUAAAACCACAACGAUCCUCCUGGACGGCCGGAGGGUGAAGCUGGAGCUGUGGGACACGUCGGGUCAGGGUCGGUUCUGCACCAUCUUCCGCUCGUAUUCCCGCGGCGCUCAGGGGAUCCUGCUGGUGUAUGACAUCACCAACCGCUGGUCCUUCGACGGCAUCGACCGCUGGAUCAGGGAGAUCGACGAGCAUGCACCGGGCGUGCCGCGGAUCCUGGUCGGGAACCGGCUGCACCUGGCCUUCAAGCGGCAGGUUCCCACGGAGCAGGCCCGGGCCUACGCCGAGAAGAACGGCAUGACCUUCUUCGAGGUCAGCCCGCUCUGCAACUUCAACGUGAUCGAGUCCUUCACGGAGCUGUCGCGCAUCGUCCUGAUGCGGCACGGCAUGGAGAAGUUCUGGAGGCCCAACAGAGUGUUCAGCCUGCAGGACCUGUGCUGCAGAGCCAUCGUGUCGUGCACGCCCGUCCACCUCAUCGACAAGCUGCCGCUGCCCGUCGCCAUCAAGUCCCACCUCAAGUCGUUCUCCAUGGCCAACGGCAUGAACGCCGUCAUGAUGCACGGACGCUCGUACUCGCUGGCCAACCCGGCCGGCGGCUCCAAGGCCAACAGUCUGAAGCGCUCCAAACCCGUCCGCCCGCCGCAGAGCCCGCCGCAGAACUGCACCCGCAGCAACUGCAAGAUCUCCUAGGAGACGGGCGGAGCGACGUUUCACCGCGGGGCGGAGAGCCGGACUGCAGAGGCGUCACUACAUGUACCGAACCUCACCGCUCUCCUCCCGAUAAGCUAACCAACGUUUCACACUACAGAACCACAGCUGACUCCGGUCCAGGCUCGCUUUGGUGCCUUGAUCCAUGUUUUAUCACUAACACAGUCCAGUUCCACUUCCACUGGCUCCCAGAUUCGGGUUUUACGUUAUGGUUUUUAUUUCGCGGUUAAUCGGAGCGUUUUGAGUUCUGAUUGGACGGGAAUUUAACUGGGUCGGACGGUUCUGUUUACUUCAGGUUCAUCUCCCCUCUUGUCUCCCUCGUUUAGACCUGAUCAGAUUCAGUAUUUUGUUAGAAAUACCUCAGAUGAGCUCUGGGUCGAUGUUUGGGAACAUCGGGGAAGCUGGACGGGUUCAGACAGAACCGGGCCUUAAUGAGGGAAAACUCUGACCCGUUUUUAAAGUUUUUAGGUUUGUUUUUGCCUUCUUCUGCUUCACUUUGAAUCUGAACGGCUAAAUUUCAGAUUUGAUCGGUUUCUUUUGUAGUUUCAGUGAUGAAGAAAAAACAUUUAUUUAAGUCAAAUGAAGCCAAAACAGUCAGUUUCACUAUUUUCCCGUCCAGAAUGAAAAUUUAAAAAUAUUUUCACUUCCAGACUUUAAGUUUAGAUCCUGAUGUCUCCUUCCUUCCUUCCUUCCUUCCUUCCUUCCUUCCUUCCUUCCUUCCUUCCUUCCUUCCUUCCUUCCUCCCUGCGCUGCAUUCAGGUGCUGCAGGACGUUUCACUCUCUGUUCACUGCAAAAACACAAAAUCUUACAAAUAAUUUUUGCUCUAGUUUCUGUAUUGUCAGUUUUGUCUCAUUUCAAGUAUAUUAACUUCCAGGUAAUUUUUCUGAAACAUAUAUGAGAGUUUAAGUCAAUAAUUUCUUAAUGAUUUUACUAUUUCCACUCAGAUUAUUUCAUUUAUAAAAAUGUUCAUGUCAUAAAUGAAAUAAUCUGCCUGUGGAACUAGUUCUCUGUUAACCACAUUAAAUAAUCAUUGACUUAAAUAAUCUCUCCUAUAUCUUGAGGAAAAUGACCCGUUGGUUAGUUUCCUUAUUUUAAGUCUACUCAGAUGUUUGCAGUAGAAACUGGAGGAAAACUUGGUAGGAUUUUGUUUUUGCAGUGCGCUCGUGCUUAAAUGAGUUGGAACAUGUGAGUUUUUCCGAGCCGCUGCUUUUCAUCUGAUCGGAUCUCCCGGGGGAUCCAUCGCUGUUGUCUUCUUCUUCUUCUUCUUCCUCCCUGUGAUCCGCAUCGCCGCCUCCGCCUGCCGUCCCAUGAUGCCUUGCUGUUAAUAAUAGAUGCUCUGCAGGGCUUCAUCUCGUCUCUCCUCUUUUCCUGCUGCCACUUUAUUUUCUCUUUAUUCCACGUUUUCAUGCUGGUUCUCAUCAAUAAGUCCUGCUUCUUCUGACCCGGUUCUGCUUGUUCCAGAGAUGCAGACACUAAUCGUCCCGGUCCGGUUCUGGUUCUGGCUCGUUGUUUGUUUUGAUUCUGUAAAAAUAGAUCCAGGAAUUGUCCUGUUUUACAGAAAAGCUGCUGUUCCAGUUCCUCUGAGUGUUUUCCAGACAGAUCUCACUACGACCCGUUCUGUGACCCGCCGACCCGUUCUGCUGCUGUUCGCUCACCUGAGUGACGUUUCCCUCUUCAAAUUGGUGUCAAACAUUUGUGCUGCAAAAAAUUAAGUUUGUUCUGCUUUUGCUUUGAAUAUGUUAAAGUUUAAAGGUCAACCUUUAAAUCUAACAAACUGGUGUCAAACCUUUGUGCUGCGUUGGCGCACCAUUUAAAGACAUUAAUAAAUGUUUCCAGAGGUCAUGAAAGGUCAAAUAUUUGUUCUGCAAAAGUUUUGUUUGUGCUGCUAUCAUUUUAAAGAUAGUGAUGAUUUUUGUUUGCUGCACAAAUGUAACGGAGUUGAUUGACACCAAAUUAGAUUUUGGGGGCUGGUUGCCCUUUUGACCUUCAAAAUUUCAUUCAUAUCUUCAAAACAAAAGCAGCAUAAACAACUUUUUUGCAGCACAAACAAAGCACCAAAUUUGUUUGAAGAAGGUGGGGUGGGGUGCUGGUUGACCUUUCUUGACUUCUAGAAACUUUUAAAAAAUAUCUUUAAAACAAUAACAGCACAAACAAAUAUUUUUGCUGCACAAACACUCCUGUUCAUUCAUGACUCGCUGAAGCUGCUGAGCUGAAACACGAGGACGUCUGUGACGAUGAUGAUGAUGAUGAUGAUGAUGAUGUUUUUAAAUUAUUGAUUGUACAGUUCAAGACAACGUGUAUGAAAAGACUUUUUCACAAUAAAACUGUUGAAUGUCUGA